AUGGGCCUCGACUACAUGAGUCUACUUACUCCAAGCAAGGCUCCGUUCUACGGCAUUGUUGCCGGAAAUUCAUCUACACCGAUCGGCUCAGUCACCCUUCCAGUCACAUUCGGUACAGAACAAAACUUUUGGACGGAGUACAUCAAGUUCGAAGUAGCCGACCUCGAAUCUUCCUACCAUGCUAUCCUGAGAAGACCUGCGCUGGCCAAAUUCAUGGCAUUACCACACUAUGUGUACUUGCUUCUCAAGAUGCCGGCCAAUACAGGAGUACUUUCCCUCCGUGGAGACCUUCUCAAGUCCUUUGAAUGCGACAAGGUAGCAAUAGACCACGCUGCCACAACUCGGGUUCCUAGUUCUGUUAGUGAAAUACUUGCUGCUGCUAAGGAACUCUCACUCAAGGAGUCAAUGCCUUCCAUGAAGCCAAGCCAUUCAUCGGUUAAGCCAACUGGUGAUGUGGGCACCAAGAUUAUCCAGCUAUAA